AGCCAUAUUUCGCAGCUCAUGGACAGCUUUCAUGUUCCCGGUCUCGCAAUAGCGGUAAUUGAUGGAGCAGAGAUACAAUCCAAAGCGUUCGGCUAUGCUUGUAUCAAGACCCAAAAGCCUUGCAUUACCGACACGCUGUUUGAUAUCGCUUCAUGCUCGAAAGCCUUCACUGCGAUAGCAGUCGCUCUUCUUGUGGAAAGCAACGACUUUCCGAACUUGAAAUGGGACUCGGUCAUGUCCGAACUAUUGACCAAUGACUUCGUGCUAUCAAGCCCAGAGGCUACCAAAGAAGUCACUGUCGAAGACAUUUUGAGUCACAGAUCAGGCUUACCAGGGCAUGUGCUCCACGACUUGAGCGUUCUUGGCGUCCACUCAAAUCAUUGUGACAAUGCUCGUUCAGUCACCAGAAAUUUGCGCAAUCUUCCUUUGAGCCAGGCACCGAAGUCGACCUAUCAGUACAGCAACAUCAUGUAUACAGCCGCGACUUAUUUUGUUGAAACUCUAUCGCAGAAGAGCUUCUCAAUCUUCCUUCAUGACCAGAUUUUCCAGAGGUUGGAGAUGAGCUCGACGUCCCUCCAGCCCAGUGAGGUGUGUGCGAGUGAAAAAGAAGACUCACUUUCCACGCCAUACUACUUUCGAGAUGGUGCUUAUCACGCAACUUACCAUCAAGAGACACCCGAAGCUCAGGGAGCAGGAUCGAUCCAAACGAGCGUCAACGAUCUUGCCAAAUUCAUCCGAGCCAUGAUAAAUAGAGCAGAGCUUAUCACGGAUGCGAUCUACAACGCUGUUACGACGCCCCGUAUCACGAAGAAUCAACGUGGCGACCACAAGAACAACUCGGAUCACCCUCCACCUUCUUAUGCUUUGGGAUGGGAUGUCCAUUACUAUCGCGGAAUACAGAUUGUCUCUCACGACGGUGUCAUUACCGGCUAUGGAAGCCGUAUGUUCUUCUUACCUCACUACAAAUUCGGCGCUGUGAUUCUUGGUAACAGUGAGGCCGCGUUUGACCUCUCGUUCGUCAUCCAGAAUUUUCUCGUUGACGAGGUCCUGAACAUUCCCAAGGAAGAGCGAACUGAUGUUGCGAGCCGGCGCUUGAAACGAUUCACGGCACAGGAAGCGCGUCGCGAGAAGAACCUCAAACGAAAUGCUGCCCGCAGAGACCAAUCAAGAGGAAGUAUUGGAACUCCGAUGGAAGUCUACCUUGGAAAUUAUCACAAUCCUGGUUAUCGAAUUGUGACGGUGCGAGAAAAGGAUGGCUUGCUGUUCAUUGAUGGACGCGAUCGCUCAAUGCCAUUCACGAUGCUUCUUGAACAUGUGAGUGACAACACUGUCUUUCGGGGAUACCUAGCCGAUGAUACUGGCGAAGACGUUGUCCAUAUUCAGUUUCGCUUCGAUCCCGACGGGCAAGUGUCUGCGAUCGGCAUGGUUCUUGAGCCAGCACUAGGAGACGACCAUUUCAUCUGGUUCGACCGUAUACAG